AGAGGGGGAAAAGGAGUUCACCAACGCGACGACCGGAGGGGGAGCCCGGGCCCCGGGAGGGAGAUCGGGAUCGGCGGGGAUGGCGCCGCCGGCGCCUGCGCCGGAGCGCGACGGGGAGGGGAGGCGGGCGCACGCUACGAUGGUGGGGGUGCAGUUCAUCAACGCCGGGUAUCACGUCAUCGCUAAGCAGGCGCUUAACGUGGGCGUCAACCGCGUCGUCUUCUGCGUCUUCCGCGACGUCCUCGCCCUCGCCGUCCUCGCGCCCCUCGCCUUCCUCCGCCACCGCGGGUCACCUUCGCAGCCUCGCACACCUCUCACAUGGCGCCUCCUCGCCUCCUUCUUCGUCCUUGGCCUCACAGGCAUUUUUGCCAAUCAGCUGCUGUUCUUGGUCGGUCUCAGCUACACCAACCCCACAUACGCCGCUGCUACCCAGCCUUCCAUUCCUGUCUUCACCUUCAUAUUGGCCGUUCUUAUGGGCACUGAAACGGUGAGCCUGAGUACGCAUGAGGGCAAGGCCAAGAUUGGUGGAACGAUCGUCUGCGUGAUGGGGGCUGUUUUCAUGGUGAUGUACAGGGGUCCGGCUGUGUUGGGUAGCGGGCAGCUUGAACUUGAUGAUGUUCAUAGUCAUGGCGUCAUCACUGACAUAUCUCAGCCUGAGCCAGUCCAACAUCUGGCAUAUUUGUUCGUUGCGUUUGGACUGCAGAAGUGGCACAUUGGAGUGCUUUGCUUGAUAGGGAACUGUUUCUGUAUGGCUAUUUAUCUUGCAUUGCAGGCUCCAAUUUUGGUGAAAUAUCCGUGUAGUUUGUCAUUGACAGCAUACUCGUACUUUUUUGGAGCUAUUUUAAUGGUCAUUUCAGGAGUUUUUGCAACAAAUGGUAGAGAAGAUUGGACUUUGACUCGAUCCGAGUUUGGUGCUGUUGUAUAUGCGGGGGUUAUUUCUUCUGCUCUUAAUUAUUGCUUAAUGACAUGGACCAACAAAAUUCUGGGUCCUGCUAUGGUGGCGCUUUAUAUGCCUCUCCAGCCAGUGCUUUCUGCUGUACUGUCAAUGUUUUUCCUCGGAAGCUCAAUUUACUUUGGAAGCAUUAUAGGAGGGCUUCUGAUUGUCUCUGGUUUAUAUCUAGUCACCUGGGCACGGCAUAGAGAAAAGCUUACAGGCAUUGGAGCACCCUAUGAAAAAUGUGCAUCAGAGUUGCUUGAAAGUACUCAUGUCGUAAGGAGUGGAAACAUGGUCUCCGUUCCCUAUAUAUCUUUUUCUAGACUGUGGAACGUUCCACAUGAAUCAUAAAUUUCUGUUGCUAUCCCCUUCCUUUUAGGUAUCUUCCAUUCCUCCUUACUCAGAAUACCGAUACAGAAAGCAUGCAUUAGAAAACUUGAAGUGCUGCAAAGAAGAUUCAAGUGAAUGUAGGUAAGACUGUUAACAAUGCUAUCAUCAGUCCUUGGCGUGACUCCCUAUAUAGCUUCUCUUCAGAAAAUUGCAUUCUUAUUCUUUAUGUCCUAGGAGAAGUUGAUUUGUGUAGGAACAAAGAGAGGUUAUGCUCAUUUAGUUUUGUGACACUAACAACACUGAGAUGCUGCCUGAGUUGACUGUCCUGUUACCUGCAAAGCCAGCUCGGCUGCUCCAUCGGCUUAGUGAAUCCCCAACAAGGCAACAAUACUUAUCCUGUUACACCUUCAUAUGUAAGUACUCUGUAAACAUUAUACAUACUCCUGUGUAUCUCCUAAAUGUCUUGAAAUCGAUGUUUGUAUUAGUUUGUGUUUGUUGCAACUCUGGAAUUGCUAUGCUUUCGAAAUUGAGAUUUG